UUCAAUUCCCACGAUACCCCUAUUUAACGGCUGCUGGCGGAUAAACCUUUCCACAUGCAAAGAAAAUGACCGUGGUGACCCAUCCUCGCGAUCGUCAUGACUUUCACAUCGCCAUCAUCUGCGCUCUGCCCCGCGAAGCAGAUGCCGUGAUCGCGCUACUCGACCAUCGCUGGGAUAAUACUGAAGAGCUCUACACGCAGGUGCGGCACUUGGGCAAGGACAGCGCAGCUGGAUUUGCCAUCGAUCUCCGCGCCACAUUUCCUGGGAUUCAACUCGCUCUGGUGGUGGGAGUCUGCGGUGGCGUCCCGUCCAACCCGCAUCGAGAGAUAGAGAUCUUCUUAGGAGAUGUGAUUAUCAGCGAGUCAGUAGUUGGGUACAAUUUUGACGGCCAACACCAGAUUGGAUUCCUCAAGCACGCCGAAGAAGGGGCAGCCGGAGAGGAUAUUCCUCCCUCGCCAUUACAGUCCGUUUUGCGAAAGCUGGAGACUGAUAACUAUCACAGUCGUCUUCAGGAAGAGACACGGACACGGCUCCGGACGCUGCAGAGUCAACCUCAUGGGAAAUUCCAUUAUCCUGGUUUUGGGUCCGACCGCCUCUUUCAGCCGUCAUAUCUUCAUCGCCACCGUGACACUUCCACUUGCACUGGCUGUGCAACCGAUAAUGUGUGCAUGGAUGCGAUCGAGGCUUCUUGCAGCGACCUCGGAUGUGACGAGGACAACCUUUUGCAUAGGGAAAGAACUGUCACCUCUGAAGGGUUAGACCCGAUCAUAGCAGGCUUUUCUCCAGCUGUUCACCUCGGUCAGAUUGGCUCAGUAAGCACAGUCAUGAAAUCUGGCAGCCACCGCGAUGAGCUUGCUCAUCGCGAGAGAUUUAUUGGGUUGGAGAGGGGAGGUGUCGAUCUUUGCAGUUUCUUCCCCAGUCUUGUCAUAAAAGGUGUCUGCGACUAUGCAGACUCGCAUAAGAGCAAGCCGUGGCAGGAUUAUGCAGCGGCUACAGCAGCUGCCUGCACCAAAGCAUUCUUACAGAGUUGGGCAUCAGAUGCCAUGGAAACAGUGGUGGACACGGUUGGUAAUAGUCCCCAGAACGAUACUGUUGAGUUUAUGGUGGAUAUCCACAGUGACGACCAAUUGGUCGGGCGGGAUGAGGUUAUGAAGGCAUUGGCGGAUGAGCUGAAGACACAGGACCGCGUGGCACUAGUGGCUUCGGGAGGCAUGGGGAAAUCCCGGGUGGCGCUCGAAUAUGCUCGCCAGUUUCAGGGCACGUCCAUCUCUGUAUUCUGGAUCCAUGCAUCGACAAAGGCCAUGUUUCUCCAAUCAUACGAAAAAAUUGCCCGCAAAGUCUCCAUUGUCGGGUACAAGGCCAGUGACCGGGAUAGCGCGUAUAUGGUGACGGAAUGGUUUGAGAGCGAUUCCAGUGGACGGUGGCUCAUUGUGCUCGACAAUGCCGACGACCACGAAGUUUUGUAUGGAUCUGAUCGCCUCGUUGACUUGCUACCACGCUCCAAGAAUGGAUCCAUCCUCCUGACGACGCGUGACAAGCGCGUUGGACUAGAUUUCACCGGUUCCUCAUCUAGGCUGUUGCUUCUCGACCGACUGAACACCAGCCACGCUCAAGACCUCCUGGUCAGCAGACUGGAAUCCAAGCCAAGUUUAGAAGCCGUGAGGGAUUUGGUUGAAGAGCUCGCCGGUGUCCCACUUGCCAUCAUUCAAGCCGCAGCAUACAUGAAGCACAACGGCAUCGAUACCGGCGAGUACCUACAGCUGUAUUGCGAGAGCCCUCAGUCGCAGUUGGACGUACUCAACGAGGAUUAUGACGAUGUUCUUAAUGAGCAGAGAAGCAACAGGAACCCCAUUGCAGCAACAUGGUUCAUCUCCUUUGAGUACAUCAACCGUAAUUUUCCGGUCGCCGGGGACAUGUUGAAAAGAAUGUCCCUACUGGAGUCGCAUGCAAUCCCUAUCUUUUUAGUGGUCGCAUCGGGAAAGCUCCCCCCGGAGCUAGUCAAAGCAUUAGAGAUAUUGGAGGCCUUUUCGCUUAUUACUAGUAAUGCGCGAGGAGAUACAAUAUCCAGAGAGCAGGGCACAUAUGAUAUGCACCGGUUGGUACGGCUAGCUACGCGAAGCUGGCUAGCCCAAAACCAUGAGCUGCGGCAGUGGACGGCAAGCACACUCAAGAUCCUGAGUCAGAACUUUCCGAGCGUUGAUAGCUUGAAAUGGCGGGUAGUGGAUAACUACAUGGCCUACAUGCCACAUGCUUUCGCCCUGCUUCAGUCUGAUGAGAUACAGUUCAUUGGCGAGGAUAUCCCAUCGGCAUUCGUACCACAACAACAACUCAAAGGCCAUGCGCCUGACGGCAUUAUAUGUGGCGAGUGCGCUGCGGCCCUGAUGCUGAAACUUGCGAAGACAUGCAGUGCCUUUCAAAACCACCAAGGGGCGAUGGAUUGGGCAAUGCAGGCCUUUAAAGUGCGGCAGUGGAUCUUCGGCCUGGAACAGGAAGGCACUGUACAAGCCAUGACGGAAGCCGUUAUAGCUUUGUAUUCCAACAAAGAUAUAACCAAGGCCAAGGAACUAGGUGACUUGGCCAUAAAACAGUUGGAUGAAAUUGAGCCUAGUCCCGCUCUGGAGGCAUACAAUUAUGACAUCCUCGGAUUUAUCGGGUUUGAAGAUGACAUGAACACCGUACUUCAUGAACAUUUCCUCCAAGCACUACAAAUCCGACUCCAAAUGUUUCCUCCAGAUCACCCUGCUGUGCUUGUGACCAAAUCUAACCUAAUCACGGCCUAUAUCAGGGAAGAGCUAUACCCCGAAGCGGAGGCUCUGCUUAAGGAAAUACUUCCUGUCUACAACGAAGUCUAUGGGCCAAUGAGCUUUCCCGUACUACAAAAGAAAUCUACUCUCUCAUGGUUGUACCAGCUAUCUGGACGUGUGGACGACGCUCUGCUGUUGAAUGCAGAGUUGUCUGCGGCUCAUCCUCGUCGCGGUGGGGAUCAGGGACACGAUACUAUCAUGGCCAUGAUUCAUUCAGGGGGUGUGCUGCAAGAUAUGGGCAGACCAGCUGCAGCAGUAGAUGUCUUUCAAAAAGCUAUGGGUCUGAUUGCCGAUCUCCAAGCAACGGGAACCCCCAUAGAGCUCGAAGCCAUCACGGGGCUGAGUCAGGCCCUCACCACCCUGGGCAAUUAUGCCGACGCUGAACCCCUCUUGGUGCGGCUGGUAAAGUCUUGCAUCCGAGUAGCAGGUGACCAGCAGAUCACCGUCACGGCAAUGCGGAGAUUGGCCGACCUUUACGAAUCCUGGGAAAUGUGCCUUGCGGCGCAAGCUCUUCGGGAAAAGGUCGCUCAAAUUGAGCAACGCCAUUCCGGUCGAGGAACCGUCGCUGCUUGUCUCAGCCAGUGUGAGCUAGGUCUCAAUCUCAUCAAGCAGGGACGACACGCAGAAGGAAAGCCGCACCUCUAUACCGCAUUGCAGUACCCGUUGACGGCGGACGAUUCCGGAAAGCGGGAAAACGUCGAUCGCAUGAACUCCAUCGCAAAUGGCCUCACGGACUGUGGGUUCGAUCGGGGCGAAUAUUUUCUGGAGGCGGAGCAUGUUGCGCUAGAUGCCGUGCGGUUGAUCCAACCACGCAUCCGAAAGCUGCCCAAUGUGGCUCAGUCUAGCUUACAGAGCCUUGGUUUUGUGUAUCAGCAGCUUGGAAAGGCUGCUGAGUCAGAGGAGCAAUAUCAAGAAGCUAUAAACGUUAUAAGUGGGCGAAGUCACAUUGAAUGGUUAUCACCGGCCGUAAUGAUCCAGUGCUCCUCUGUCCUACUCCAGCAAGGGAAGUACUCUGCUGCUAUGAGCAUGGCUGCUGAAGCAGUAGAAAAGCUUGGGGCGCAUCCAGAGCCCAUAAAGGUAACUCUGGCACGCGGUCGGGCCAAUCUGGCAACCGCAUAUAUGGAGAUCGGAAACUGUCGUUCGGCCGGGUCGCUUUUGGUGGCUAUUCUAAGUGACGAGUACGAAAAAGCCUGGGACCCGGAUCAGUCGACCGUAUCUUCUCUGCUUCACACAUUUGGUCUCAUUCAGAGCGUGGCUGAGGUGCUAAACGGAAUGGGGCGGUGGGAGCGUUCCCAGCUUAUCCACGAGAACAUGCAGGCGAUUUUUGUCCAGCUGCUGGGCACGGCGCAUAUGCGCACUCUGCAAACCGCUCUACUUCUCCGAGAUACGCUGAACUACCAGGGUAAAUUCAUGGAUGCCUUGGUUCUCAGCCUGGAGUGUAAAGAUCGCUAUUGGCAGCGAUUCCGGCAGGAUACAACUCCCGAGAAGAUGAUGAUCGCCCAGUUGGACAGCGGACUUGCUUGGUCGUACCAAGGGCUGGGGGACCAUUCGACAGCGGAAGCGCUCUCGCGCCAGGCUUUGAAGACCAAUACAGACAUAACCGGUGCAGAUAGUCCUGAGUCUCUUCAAGCGUCCACCAUCCUAGCUACCAUACUUGUAUCGCAAGGUGGCCCGAAGCUGAUGAAGGGGAGUGCUAUUCAACGUCGUGCGGUGGAGACGUGGAUCACGCUGGCGGGGAAGAACUCUCUGCGGACCGUCAGAGCAAUGGAGGCGGUAGCCAAGACGUGCAAAAUUCAGGGUGACGAGGAACAAUAUCAGGUUUGGACGGAAAAGGCUUCAUCGGCGAAACAGUCUUUCGAGCCCAUUUUAGAAGAGGAUGAGAAGAGAAUUGAUGAGCUGGUGAGGAAGCUGUUCGAGAAAUGGGGCGAGGACGGCGAAAGGGUGAUGGAAUCGAUGGAUCGGCGUAGGAGGAAAGUCUGGACUAUGUCUUUGCCAUAGAAUUAGAACAACA